AUGAAUUAUUUUCCCGACGAGGUUUUAGAACAUGUUUUUGAUUAUGUAACGUCUCACCGGGACCGGAACGCGGUGUCCUUGGUGUGCAAAUUGUGGUACAGAGUUGAUAGAUUUAGUAGACAGAAAGUAUUCGUGGGAAAUUGCUAUUCGAUCACGCCGGAGAGGGUAAUCGGAAGAUUUCCUUGUGUUAAAUCCCUAACCCUAAAGGGAAAGCCCCAUUUCGCUGAUUUCAAUUUGGUCCCUCAUGAUUGGGGUGGCUACGUUUACCCUUGGAUCCAAGCCUUUGCGAAGCGCCGGAUUUCCCUCGAAGAGCUUCGUUUGAAGCGGAUGGUCGUCACCGACGACAGUCUCGAGCUUCUUUCUCGAUCCUUUCCCAAUUUCAAGUCCCUUCUCCUUUUCAGCUGUGAGGGAUUCACCACCAAUGGCCUUGCUGCCAUUGCUGCCAAUUGCAGGUUUCUGAGGGAGCUUGACCUCCAAGAGAAUGAAAUUGAUGACCAUAGUAAUUACUGGCUUAGCUGCUUUCCAGAGAGCUGCACGUCGCUUGUCUCCCUGAAUUUUGCUUGCCUCAGAGGAGAAGUGAAUCUGGGUGCUCUUGAGAGGCUUGUGGCAAGAUCUCCUAACCUCAAGAGUUUGAGGCUGAACCGUGCGGUGCCUAUUGAAACUUUGCAAAAUAUAUUGGCACAUGCUCCUCAACUUGUGGACUUGGGCACCGGGUCUUACGAUCACGAUCGAGAUUCUGAGAUCUAUGAGAAUAUCAAGAACACCCUUCUGAAAUGCAAAUCGAUCAGGAGUUUAUCUGGUUUUUUAGAUGUUUCUCCUUGCUGCCUGGCCUCCAUUUACCCAAUUUGCUCCAAUUUGACAUCCUUGAACCUGAGCUAUGCUCCUGGGCUUCAUGGCAAUGAGCUCAUAAAGGUCAUUCAGUAUUGCGAGAGACUUCAACGCUUGUGGAUUCUGGAUGGUAUUGGAGACAAAGGACUGGAAGUUGUUGCUUCAACUUGUAACGAAUUGCAGGAAUUGAGGGUUUUCCCAUCUGAUCUCUCUGGGGCUGGUAAUGUUGCUGUCACAGAGGAAGGUUUGGUUGCUAUAUCGAAGGGUUGCCCCAAACUUCAUUCGAUAUUGUACUUCUGCCAUCAGAUGACAAAUGCUGCGCUUGUAACUGUAGCAAAGAACAACCCAAACUUCAUACGUUUCAGGCUGUGCAUCCUCGACCCCACAAAACCGGACCCUGUAAUGGGGAAUGCACUGGAUGAAGGUUUUGGGGCGAUUGUCAAAGCAUGUAAAGGUCUGAGACGUUUAUCUCUCUCAGGCCUCCUUUCAGAUCAGGUCUUUUAUUACAUUGGUGAAUAUGCAAAGCAUCUAGAAAUGCUUUCAUUAGCAUUUGCUGGGAUCAGCGACAAGGGAAUGAUUCACGUAUUGAAUGGUUGCAAGAAACUUCGCAAGCUCGAGAUCAUGGACAGCCCGUUUGGUGACAUGGCACUUCUGCAGGACGUUGGGAAGUAUGAAACAAUGCGAUCCCUUUGGAUGUCGUCCUGCGAGAUUACUCUUGGUGGCUGCAAGACACUAGCAAAGAAGAUGCCUAGGCUGAACGUGGAGAUCAUCAACGAGAAUGAUCAGUUGGGAUUCUGCCGCAAUGUGGAGAUGAUCAACGAGAAUGGUCAGUCAGAAGUCUGCCGUGAUGAUAAGCAGAAAGUGGGGAAAAUGUAUCUGUACCGUACAUUAGUAGGACCAAGGAAAGAUGCUCCUAAGUUUGUAUGGACAUUGUAG